CGUGACCUCUGGCCUCUUCUGUGUAAUGAAUAUCAUUACAUGGAUGUGGGAUUAGUCAGUCUCUUUUCCCACUGGUCACACAAGAUAUUUUGGCACCUGACAUGAUGAACACAUUUGCAGUGAUGCACUGCAACUAAAAUAGAGACCAAACAUUAUUUAAGAGGCCCGUGACCGUGCCGAGAAAACUGUCAUUUAACAGAAGCAAACACGCAGCCUGCAUAAAACAGUUAUCCAUAACAUCUGAGAAGCCUGCUUUCCCCAACAUGCCUUCCCAUGCUGCAAAGGAUAUCCCUUAUCUCUUCAACGCCUAUUGUGAUGUGAAGGAAGACAAUGUCAGGAAGAAGGAAUUUUAUCAAUCAACAUGGCUGGAUCUGGAUAUGGAAACAAGACCUCAGGAAAAGACAACGCUGUUCGAGCAAAACACUUCGCGAAAGGAGAGCUAUGAGAAGAAGCAAGUGGCUCAUUUUCUGGUGCAGAGAUCCCCCAACCAGAAGAUAAAGUUGGGCAUACUGGGGGAGAAAAUGAAGGAAUACCAGCUUCCCUACAAGAACGUCCUCCCUGUUCCCAUGUUUGUGCCCAGCAAGGCUAAGAAAGAGCACCACCGCACUCCAACCCCAGAAGAACUCAAAGCCAUCAUGGAGUUCGAGAAGGCGUUGUCGAGCGGCCUCAGUACCAAACGAAGAGAGAUUUCUGAGAUUAAGAAAGACAUGCCCAAAAUGAUCCAGCCUACGCAGUUAGACUUUAGAGCCUCAAAUCUAAUUUCUCCUCAAAAUGUGCAGGCUGUGCAGAGAAGCUAAGGGUUUAACUGUAAAAAUAAAACACUAAAAUAAACUUUCACCCUGGAGUCAUGGAGGUAAAGGAUAAAAGGGUUAAAAAGCAUGUGCUAGUGAAAUGUAUUGAUUCUGUAGAUCUUAGCGAACAUGUUUACAAGAGUAGUUCAAGUAGGGAGCUGCGUCAGCAUGCGUAGGCUGCAAAGGAACAAGUAAAGGUUUAUUUCAUGCUGAAAAGAGAAGAAAGGAAUCACUCUUUGGGUGUGAGCCGAAGUGCUCACACCCGAAACGUUGUUUCCUUUCUUUUCUUUUCAGCAUGGAAUAAAAGUUUACAAGAGUGCAUUUACAUGACAAACAUAUUCUCUAACUUAACUCAGUUGUAUAAUGUUUCUGCUUACAUAACUGUCGCAGUAUAAAUAGAUUCGGAAAAUAUUUCUCAAAGCUCCUUGCAGUGCUGCGACACUCACUUGUAACAUUAACUUGUACAUUUCCACCACAAUUCACAUUUUUGCAUCGGGAAAUGUGUUUAAAAGCUUUUACUUCUGGGUGAACUAAAGAGCAAAAUAACAACAUAAAGUAGAUAAAAACACAAACUCACACGAUAAGAACACGGACACAACAGAGAACAGAACUCAUUCUAAUAAUAUCUAAUGUAUAAUGUCUUAACAUGUCUUAAUGUCUUAACAUGGGACAAAAAAUGUGAUCAUGUUUUUGUAUAUUUGUCCUAGGAAAGGAGUUGAGUUAAAGAAAAUUAGAAAAUGUUAAGGACAUUAGACCCUUGUCUCUACAAAUCAAUUACAGAGAAUGUUAACACUGUAAACAUUUCACUGUAUUAAUCUCUCAGCAAGCAGGCUAAUUAAAAUGCUUAUUUAUGUACAGUAGUACUACACUCUGUACUUCAGAUGAAAGGGUAAAACUGAGAUCUGAACUUCUUGGCCAUUAAUGAUCCCGAGGCACUAUUCAAAGCAGUGGGGUGUUAAUCCUGGAUAAAUUCCACUCUGGGCUUGCGGAUCUUUUCUGACACAUCUGCCUUAAUUCAACAGGUGAAGCAGUUUCUCAGAGAUCUGCCUGAUCUGCUGGGCAGUGGAGCUGCUGCUGUAGCAUGUCUGCCUUGUGUCACACAGGUGGGGGCUGCUGUUCAGUGGUGGGUGUAGUGAAUCCAUCCCCUCUGAACUUAACUAGCAGUCCCAUUGCUGAAUGAACUUGGACAAUGUUAGAUGGUAUCAUGUUCACUGACAUAAUCUGAUUCCAAAUAUAGCGUAGGCAUAACUGAAUAUCUUCAAAAACUAUCCCAAAAUAUAUUAAUACAUGUAGAGGGUGUUGCGCAAGUGUUCCGAAAGAGUUUUCGAGGAUGAAGUGUGUGCAAUCCAGUGUAUUCAUUUCACAUAAUGAUGGAUGUACUGGACAGAGUAGGCCUUUCUGAAGUCAAAAACAAAAUAUGACAAUGUUGUGCCACAUUGAAGGAAAAAAAUGGGUUUGAUGAAGUACUUCUGGUACAUUAGUUAUGAUACACUGUAUGCGAGACAGUGACAAACUUUCACUAGACUGGAGUCUCGUGUGGUGACGACCUGUACUGGGCUAAUUAGCUGAUUAAGGGGUAUGAAAAGAUGAAGAAUGCCUGACAAUUGAUUAAUUAAUUAAUUGGCCAAUUUGGGCAGUCACCACAUCAUUCAAAAGAGUACUUUCAGUUGUGUUCAGUAACGUAUCAUGACUGAGUCUGUAGCUAAUCUCUGUUGGUGUUGGCCUUAGUAGCCCACAUUAAUUUUGAUUAAUGUUAAUUUUUCAGUUGAAUUUAAUAAAAUCAAUUUCAACAGACCAUA